AUGAUGGGAUUCACCAAAAGUUAUCUCGUGAGCUUAUUCCUCUACAUUUCCAUUGUCAACGAGAUCCGUCAGCCUGUGGUGACAUGCCAAGACGAAGAAGGCAGUCAAUGCAUACCAAAGAAGAUCUUUCUGGCGUUGCUGCGUUUACCGGAAGUCAGUUCGAAUCUGGCGGCGUAUUCGAGAACAGUGAGAAUAAUUCAGGAGGCGAAAAACCAUAACGACAUGGCUCAUCUGAAGGCUCUCAGUUCCGAGGAUAAUGAUGACGCUGAGAUCUGCAUACCUAGUGAUGUCUACUUGGAGCUCCUCAGGGAUCCUGCAUUUCGUGGACAUCUCAACAUCAUGACGCGCACUCACAAGUUACCUGAAUUUCCGGCACGUCUUCUGGAUGACAGCGAGAUGAUUGAUUCGCGGGACUUGAUUCCUGAAUCGGAAAAACGUAGUCUCGCUACCUUGGCCAAAAACGACGAUCUACCAGUCAUUGUAGAUCAUCAGGAGCGCGAGGAAAAUGGCGAUGACGACGAGAAAAGGAGCGUCAGUAUACCUAGCGAUAAUGUAGAUGAGCUGGUGCGCGCGUUAAUGGACAACGAGUACGGUCGACGAACACCCAGGAUCUAUGAUUACCAAAUUGAACUGGACCCUGAAGUGAUCGACUAUCCGUUAGAGAAACGUAACAUCGGCUCCUUGGCGCGAGACUUCGCAUUACCUACUGGCAGACGUCACAUCGGCUCGGUGCUUCGCGAUUACAGUACGCUAAGCGGCAAGAGGAACAUCGGUUCUUUGGCCAGGCAGAGCAUGCUGCCUAUAAGCGGCAAAAGAAACGUCGCUUCUCUGGCGAGAGAUUUCAUGCUGCCUCAGACUGGUAAGAGAAACGUCGCUGCGUUAGCCAGGGAUUCCUCUCUGCCCUACGGUAAGCGAUAUCUCGGUUCGUUGGUCCGAAACGGCGGUUAUCCGGUCCGUGGAUACGACGAGGGCAAGCGCAACAUUGCCUCGUUGGCCAGAAACGCUGAUUGGCCCAGUUUUAUGAAACGAGGCGGCACUGCGGGUGCAGGCAGAAUGAUUGUCCGAGUGCUCAACCGUCACGGGAGAUCCUUGAACGAUCACGAGACACACAAUGAGCCAUUGGACCUGCAGCAGCUUAUCAGACAAGACCACAACAACGAGAAUGAUGCCAAAGCGAACGUUGCCGACGUUCCUGCCUGGCCCACACCCUUCAGCAUCUCCGAGGAACUGGAAGACAGCAGGGCGAAGAACAGAUCAAACAGGAGGAUGGACGCAGCGACUUCACAAACGAGGCACAAACGGCAGAUUGACUUUUCUGAUGAGUAUCCGCUACCUGUUGUGCAGAACACCAACAUGCUUGAUUACGAGGACAUGAUCGAGGCACUCGCCGAUCAUUAUCCGAACGCGGAGAAGAGGUUCAUGGGUUCCUCGCCGGAGAUGCCGGCCGACUCGGGCUACACUGAAGUAUUGCAACCAAGUAAGAGACAUAUCGGAGCCCUCGCACGCCUCGGCUGGCUCCCGUCGUUCCGUGCACCACGAUUCUCUCGGUCACCGCGAUAUCUGGUCGAAAGGGAGGAUCCCGCAGAUGGGUCCUCGUCCAACUACACCCCCCACGCGUCGGCUAAGACUCGGUCGCUAAGACCGUUCCUUCCGAAAACCCGCUAUCUGCAGUCCCUGCACCGCCUGCACGGAGAUUGUCGACAUGGCUUCAAGAGGUUCCUGUUACCGGACAUCGAUAACUUCCUGCGGACGUCGACCUCUAGCAUCGUGUCCCAUUCCAUGUAAAAACCCUCGCCUUGCCUCUCUGCUCGUCCAAGGCAAUACCGUACAAAUUACGUUAUAUAUCGGACUCACAUGUUUUACUCUGCGAACCGUAGAGGAAACGAAUGUAAAUAUUCGGAUCUUGUGUCUGACGUUCUUCCUUACUGGCCAUUGAUCAUCCCUUGUCAACGGUAGAUAUCUACGAAUAUAUGUCUCUACCAUUAAUGAUUUCUCAAAUAAUAAUCUAUCAGCGAAUAAUAAAAAUAAAUAAUAUCAAAAAGUUGCUAAAAAAAAAAGAUUUAAAAAAAAGUUUAUCAAAAUUAGAAACGGUAAGGGAAGUGAGGAAGUCCGUCACGUAAUUUAAUCAGCGACUAAUCAACAAACUCAUUGAGAAGAAUAGAUCUUAUCGCAAGAUCCGUCAAUGGACAAUAAGCUUACUGCUUGCCGACAAUAAUAAUUUCACGUAAUCCUAAUAAUUGACGCCUUAAAUGUGCCGUCUGUUUCGAACAGAUUUUAAAUUGUUAUGCAAAAAAAGCAAAUUUUUCUCGCUCAAAAAUAAAGUAUAGAUUUUUCUCCGCAGUUACAAGUAUCUGGAUGUUAUG